CCCACUACUCUUUGGCAGCUCGGUGGCGGAGUCUGGGCAUAGCAGGAGCCCAAAAUGGCGGAGCUGUGGACUAGUAUAGGUGCUGCGCCAGCUGAAAAACAGGAGCAGCCCCCGAAACCAAGAGACGUUAUUCUAGUGAAAUCUCCAGCGUUGCUUUCUUCUACUUCGUCCUCUGAUCUGCACCCGCUCAAAAAAAUUCGGACUGAUGAUAAAUGUUUGAAGCCGAAGCGUGUGAAUGGCGAAGGAGGAGGCGGGAAUAGCAAGGGAGGACCGGGCCAUAGCAGUUCCGUAACAUGGAACUUUCCACAGGGAGCCAGCAGCAGCAGCAGCCUAUGCCUUGGCAAUCCCGGAAAGACUGAGAAGCCAACAAAACCCCGGGAAAAGCGGGAUAAGGAAAAGAAGAGGCGGCGGGAAGGGGGCGGAGAGGAGAACGGAGAGGUGAAAACUGCGGGGAUCCCCUGUCUCCCUGCAGCUUCCCCGGUCACCGCUGUCAGAAAUGAAAUCAAAAUAAAAGACAAGGAGAAACAAAAAGAAAAAAAGAAGCAUAAAUUAAUGAAUGAAAUCAAAAAGGAAAAUGGAGAGGUUAAAUUGCUACAAAAAGGAACAAAUGAGAAGCCAAGGCCAAAUGCCGAAGAUCUACAAAUUAAAAAAGUGAAGAAGAAAAAGAAAAAGAAACACAAAGAAGGCGAGAAAAGAAAGCAUCCUAAAAUGCAUAGUAAAUCAAUUCAGACCAUCUGCUCAGGCUUGGUCUCUGAUGCUGAAAAUAAUCAAUUUAAGGAAGCCAAAGUUGAAAAAGACGUCUAUUUUAUGGGUUUACUUGGAAAGACAGAGGUAAAGAAGGUGAAAGUCGAAAAGGAAAUUCCAUUUGUUUCAUUAAAGGAGCCCCGUGUUGAGCACAAACUCAAGUGUUUGGAUUCUUUAGAGUUCAAGCACCUUAUUCACAUCGAGCAUCAGCCUAAUGGUGGAGCAUCUUUGAUCCAUGCCUAUAGCAGUGAACUCUCUCAACUGUCUCCUGUGGAGAUGGAAAGGUUUUCUGAGGAAUUUGUGACUCUGGUUUUUAGUGAAAAUGAGAACUGUGCAGCUUUCUAUGUUAUGGGGAUUGUACAUGGGGCUGCUACAUAUUUGCCAGAUUUCCUAGACUAUUUUUCAUUUAAUUUCCCAAAUUCACCAGUCAAAAUGGAAAUUUUGGGGAAGAAGGACAUUGAAACAACAACCAUUUCUAAUUUUCAUGCUCAGGUAAAGAGAACCUAUUCCCAUGGUACAUACAGAGCUGGAGCAAUGAGGCAGAUCAGUCUAGUUGGAGCAGUCGAUGAGGAAGUUGGAGAUUAUUUUCCAGAAUUCUUGGACAUGUUGGAAACCUCUCCUUUCUUAAAGCGCACUUUGCCUUGGGGAACAUGUUCAAGCCUGCAGCUAAAAAGUCGAAAAGAGAGUGAUGAUGGUCCCAUUAUGUGGGUGCGCCCAGGGGAGCAGAUGAUUCCUGUGGCUGAUAUGCCAAAGUCACCCUUCAAAAGGAAAAGAACUACCAAUGAAAUAAAAAACCUGCAGUACCUACCUCGAGCUAGUGAGCCUCGGGAGAUGUUGUUUGAAGAUCGGACAAGAGCACAUGCAGAUCACAUAGGUCAAGGCUUUGAGAGAGAGACCACAGCAGCUGUAGGGGUGUUAAAGGCUGUGCAUUGUGUAGAAUGGAAUGAAAAUCCCCGAAUUACCAAAGAUGUAAUUUGCUUUCAUGCUGAAGAUUUUUUAGAAGUUGUGCAAAGACUGCAGUUAGACUUGCAUGAACCUCCACUGUCCCAGUGUGUCCAGUGGGUUGAUGAUGCAAAACUAAAUCAGCUGCGAAGGGAAGGCAUUCGAUAUGCCCGAAUACAGCUCUAUGAUGAUGACAUCUACUUUAUUCCAAGAAACGUGGUCCAUCAGUUCAAGACUGUUUCAGCUGUGUGUAGUUUAGCCUGGCAUAUUCGACUUAAGAUGUACUACCCAGAGUCUGCAGCUACGCAGAACAGUGAUAACUUGGAAGAAACAGAAUCAGGGAAAGAAACCAAGGCAGACAUUGAAAGAAGAGAUAAAACAUUAUAUUCUUCUAGCACUUAUACAUGUAAUGUACAGUUCAAAGACCCCAAGCAAAAACCACCACAAAUAAAACAUGAACAAACAUAUCCUCUCCAAACCAGCGAGGAAUGUGGCAAUAUAAAUCUUCCAACAAUCUCCCCAGCACCUACUGAAUGUCAUACUUUUGAAACAAAAACUGACUAUACCACUGAUACACCAGUAAAGAAUGAAAUGGAAUCUACUCUGGAACUCAUUAACCAGGACUUUGCAGACCGGCAUGUUACUCCAAAGGACACAAGGCAACAUAUACUAACAAAUUCAGUCAUUCGAACAGAGGAGGAAAACAUGUGCUAAACUUUGUACAUACAAAUUUAAAUUCUUGUUUUUAUCCUUCAUGAUCUAAUAAUAAUAAUAAUGUAAAAAAUUGAAUUGCAGGGCAAGUGUUUACUUGUUCUGUAGUCUGUUACAGAAUAUAGGUAUGUAGCGAUGUAACAUUCCUCAGUGCCUGUCCAUAACUGUGAAAUAUCAAAGCACUUAGGGCCAGAUGCACUGUAAACACUGCAGGUUUAACAUAAAGGAUUCUCAAAAUAAAUUUUGAGUUGUAGGUUCUAGAAUAGAGCUGACAUUAACAUAUAUAUAUAUUUUUUGUAAGAUGAGCCAGAAUUCUUUUUGACAAUUCCAGGCUUUUCCAUAGAGCUUAUUUAUAUCAAUUUUUCAUUUUAAAUGUGUCAGCACUGUAGUGUAAAUAGCUUUUUUUAAAGAUUUUUAGUGUGAUUUAUACUUAAAUGUGAGCCGCCUAAUAAAGGUUCAUAUCAAUG